AUGUCAGUGUUAAACAACUUCACAGUGUCAAUAGCGCAGGGAAUUAGACGUCUUCGUCAGAGUAAAGAAUUAUGUGAACGGGUGUCUGGUCUGUCGAGACGGCAGCAUGGUUCGACCGAGCCUCGAUUGAAAAUGCAGAAGUGCCUCAUCGUAUCCAAAGUAACACGAUAUGAAUAUGAAAAACAUAGUCACGACAACAUACCAGAUGCAGAUCUGGAAAAAAUACUACGGCAAAGGGGAUCAGAUUAUGAUUCUAUGAUCAGUAUUCAUAGAGAGCAGAAGGCGUUUGAGGAAAAUGUGGCGAAGAAUUUAAAGGAUAUGGGGUUGCAGGUGGAGAUGGCUAGUAGAUUGACAUACAACGAUGAGUUAAUAAAUUGGUGCGAUAUAGUGGUCCCGUGCGGAGGCGAUGGUACAUUUCUUUUGGCAGCUUCAAGAGUCAGAGAUGCAAAUAAGCCCGUGAUAGGAUUCAAUAGCGCACCGCACAAAUCUGUAGGCCGCCUGUGCUUACCUACAUGGUGUUCUAAUGAUGUCAAGGGUGCGUUUCAGGCAUUAAAGGAGGGCAGAUUCACAUGGAUGAGAAGGUCAAGGAUAAGGACUACAGUCACAAGUGAGCCUAAACUAUUGGAGACUAUCACACCAGUUGACCUACACACAUUACAUUAUUGCAGAUACCCACCAGUAUUGAAUCCAUUGGACAGUAUAGAAAUAAAAAACACAAAUUUCACUUCAGACGACUCCAAUAAAAAUCUGGCAACAAAAGUUCUACCAUUUUUGGCAUUAAAUGAGGUGUUUAUAGGUGAGAGUGUGACGUCACGAGUGUCUCUCCUGCGCCUGCGCGUCGACGACGGCAAAUGGACGCACACCAAGAGCUCUGGUCUCUGUGUCACUACAGGCACUGGAAGUACUUCUUGGCAUUACAGUAUAAACUGUCUAAGAACGCACUCUGUACUGGAACUGAUGAAGAUAUUGGGAGAAGAUUUCAAUGUUAAUAUGGACACCAGUUUGGAGAAGGCACGAGAAGUAGCCGAGAGGUAUAAUCAGAAACUCAUGUUUCCACCAGACAGCGAGCAGUUAGCGUAUUCAGUGCGCGAGUACAUCACGUUCGAGGAGUGGCCGGCGCCGCGUGGUAUGCGCGCGCGCGACCGCGCCUCCGCCGUGCGCGUCCGCAGCCACUGCACUGACGCCGGCUUAGUAGUGGACGGUAGUGUGUCUUUUCCUUUCAACGAUGGAACUCAAGCUUUAUUGGAGAUUCAUCCUGAAGAUUCACUCAUGACUGUACACAUGGACGACUCGUUGCCGUAU